AGAAAAGGAGAAGAGGUACAGGCACAUUACCCCAGAUGAAUCACAGCAGUUAAGGCAUGCUCUGAGUGAGACAUCAGUUUUUGACCUGAUGCUCUGUCAGAAAUCUACUUGUCUGUCUGUGAAUCCAUCCUUUGGAUCUCGUGUUUGCACGUUCAGUAGAAACAGUGGAUGCUGGUUGAAACAACAUGAUCAACUACGAGCGUCCCUGUCCAUUAGGCUUCGGGCCGGCUGGGAGGAGUGUGUUGGCUACUGAGCUCCCAGCGUACACACAUGCACACACACUGAUGGCCAUGCCUCAGAGAUACUCCCACCAGAGGAGGAAAGCCAACACAGCGGCUGCUCGGAGGAUGGAGAGGAGACGCAGGGACCAGUGGAAGAGCAGCAACAACAACACCCCAAGCAGCAGCCACAACCACCGCUCCAAGAAGCUGGUCAUGCUCUCCAGGUCCCUGAUUCUGUGUCACUCUAAGACUAAUGAUGACUGUCCUGAGGACAGAUAUGCUGAGGAAGCAUCAGAUGGGUGCAGGACAUGGAGUCCAAGCUGGAGGACAAAAAUGAUUGCUGUGGAUCAUACAGGAUAUAGGGAAACACAAAACAGACAAUGGAGGAUGACCCAGCAGUCAGCUGUGGAGACAAGAGAAGGCAGUGAGGCAGAUAGCCAGCUUCAAAGCACAAUUGUCAGGGGCAAUAAAAGGAGCAUAAGGAAGUCCUUCAGCAUCAAGGAGAGCAGCAUCUGGAAGAUGUGUGUAGCCACAGGGCCUGCUGAGGAGGUGUGUAGUCCACAAAUGGCUGACAACAGCAUUCAGACGGACGGCCAGAUCACUAAUGUGGAGCCAGGGAGGAAUCGAGGCAACCUGCACAGACGCAGCAGCUUCCUGAGCCCAGACAAGCUAGCACCCUUUAAUGGACAGUUUCUAAACAGCAAUGCUUUCAUGGACGGGGAGGGAGUGAGGAGUGUCCACAUUAAAGCCUAUAAUGAGGAAAUACCCACAUGUGAGGACACUCUCCAUUCCCAUACUCCAGCACAGCAUCCGGCUCUCAUUUCUCCACCUGACCUGCAAGCAUUUCCUGGAUACACAGAUGAAAAACUUCUGGCCAACAACAAUCACCUCAAGUUACCCAUCCCAGAAGUGAAUGAAGAGAGAUGCUGGGAGACCAAGAAAACAGAGCAAAGCUCACCAGAACAGAUGGCCAGCAAUAGGACACGCUCCAAUUCAACCAGUGUUCAUCCUUAUUGGAUUGGAGAUCUGGACAGCAUCAUUAUGAAGAGCCCAGAGCUGUAUACCAACCAUCCUCAUGGUGGUUUGUAUGGAAACAGGAAGUCUCUGUCCCAGCAGCUGGAGUUCUCUCACACCACUACGCAGACUGUCCACCGUCCCUCCCGCUCCCUCAGCUCAGCCCAGCUGGUCCACUCCUGCAGCAAUGUGCAAGCCUUCAUAAUCUGUAAUAUUGUGCUGAUGAAGGGCCAUGGCAAGGGACUUGGCUUCAGUAUAGUGGGAGGCAGGGACAGCUUGUAUGGACCGAUGGGGAUCUAUGUCAAGACUAUUUUCCCAGCAGGAGCGGCAGCCGCUGAUGGAAGGCUACAGGAGGGUGAGAAAAAACACACUGUAAAAGAAGCUCACAACCACUCAUUUCAUGGUUUGACUCAUGAUGAAGCUCUGCACAAAUUCAAACAAAUCAAAAAGGGCCUCCUGACUCUGGUGGUGAGGACCAGCCUGCGCGUUGGGGCUCUGUGUGGUCAAGCACAGGUAGCUCAGCUGUGCAGGUCACGCUCCCUCAGCACCACCACAGGCAUGGCCAGGGUCAGUGCUGACAUGGGAGACUACAACUACCUGAACAUCUGCAUCCCGGGUCAGCCCGCUAAACCCAGAGACCGCGUCAUGAUGGAGAUCGUCCUGCAAAAAGAGGCGGGUGUUGGUCUGGGUAUUGGACUGUGCUGCGUUCCAUCUGGUGACGGAUGCCCUCGGAUCUACAUUCACACCCUCUCUCCUGGAUCGGGAGCACACAUGGAUGGUAGACUCCGGUGUGGGGAUGAGAUUAUGGAAAUCAAUGACACUGUGGUUUACAACAUGGCCCUGAAUGACGUCUACGCAGUUCUGAGCCAGUGCACAGCAGGUCCCGUCCACAUCAUCAUCAGUCGACACCCCGACCCCAAAGUAUCAGAGCAGCAGCUGAAUGAUGCUAUCGCUGAUGCAGUGGAAAACAGCAAACUGAGAAAAAAUAAGAGCCAGUGGAGCAUUGAUGGACUACGUAGACUGGAGUCUUGCUCUCACAGCCGGCUGAGAUGUGAACAUUGUUUGGAGAGGAACUGCAGUCAGCUUACAGUUCGACAAGCACAGAAGACGAUGGUCCGAUCCUGCAGUGACAACACCAACAGCCACCACAACAGCUGCCUCACUAUCCACAACCACCACAACACACAGCAUCACCCAUCAGCACGGGUCCACAGCCUGGACACACCCAAGUCUAUGACAGACACAUGGUCUGACAACAGACUGUCAGUGCCUGUGUAUCCCGAUGAGGAUUAUAACGUCCCAUACAACUCUCCUGCUGCCAACCUGUCCAGUCAGCUGGUCCUGAAUCUGGCUCACAGGAGCAACAAGUCUACCUGCAGAGCGCAUGCUGGUGCUCGCCGCCACUGUUGGCCUCAGGAUGUGACCAGUGAGGAGGGCUAUAAUGGUGACUCCAGCGGCUCCAGCAGGGGAUCCCCAGUUAGAGACAAAGGAAUAGAGGCCCCAUCACACACCAGCUGCCAGCAGGAAGGAGAACGCACAAGAGAACAGUCAGAAAGCAGUGAAGAAGACUUUCCUCAUCAAGACGCUGCAGUGUGCACCAACAACCAGCUACACACAGGUGAUUUAUCAGCUGUGCUCUGCUCAAAGCCAAAGAGAGGAGCCCUGAAGAGACAAGCUUGUAUUCAACAACAUACCCAAGAACAGCUUCAGGAUCCUUGGGUUCGCCUUUCAAACAGCUCCACUGAAGAGCUGCCUGACCUCCAUCAGCAUCACCAGCAACACGCUACACACAGCAUACAACCUGACAACAUCCACAGCGUCCCUGCUACCAUGAGCAACGAAGAGUACAAUCUUGAGGUUACUGGCACAGCUACAGACUUGACUUUAGACUCGCCAUCAGACACAACUCCUGAAAACACAUCUGAAUCAGGAUCAAAGAAGGGGCCCCCAGUGGCACCCAAGCCUGCCUGGUUUCGUCAGAGUCUGAGGAAAUUUCGAGAUGAGCAAGAUCAGAAGAAUCAUGCUCGACCCUCAGAGCCGAGGCCUGCUGCUGGUUUCAGCAGAAAUUUUGGUGCCAGAUCUGCCUCUUCUGCAGCAAACCUGUCAAUCAAACAAAAGAUUCACUCCUUUGAGACUUUUUCCGGCUCAGAGAGCCCAGAGAAGGGGGGCAGUAGGAGGCCUGUGGCCCCUUCCAGCUCCCUUCCACUAGUGGAGAAGGAGUCCAGAAGUCCCUGUCCUCCCUACCCUGCUACACAUGGAGGUUCUGAGAAGAGCAAACAUGAGCUCCCUAAAGAGACUCAGUCGGCAUCUGUUAGGGAGGUAGACAAUGUGGCUGUCUCUAAUACAGUCUCUGCUAUAACCUCAGACACUUACGAAGCUUCUUGUCAAACAGCUAAGCCCUCUGAAAAUGGAUCUCCCUCCAUCCAGUCUCCCACUGAUAUUCCACCUUCUGAUAACAUCAGCACUGAUCCAGACUCAGGGAUAAAUGAUUCUCAUGCAGCUUCAGUCCAUGAUGACAGUGAGGUCUUAUCAUCCAAACUGGAGUCUGAGCAAGAAAAAGUGGAUCUCAACAGGUUGACAGAGUCCAGUGUUCAACCCACUGAAACAUCGAUGAGAGUUAAUCAAACAGAAGAGGAAAAUGCUUCAGACGGGACAGACGUGGACAGAAGACAGAGCCACGGAGAUCUGCUGAGGACAGCUCAGAGCGCUGCUCCACCCACAGAGAGCAGCCCUCUGAAAGGCCCAGAGGAAGAAAGCUUAGGGAAAAUCAUUGCCUUCAGUAACCAGGUUUCACAAGCACUGAUGCAUUCUCUCCCCAUCUCCUGCCACGGUAACCCUCGUUCCCCAAACCCGCAAGACGCCUCAGCAUCAGACUUUGCUAACACCCAAGAUUCUGAGUCGGGCCUAGACGGCACUGACAAAGGAUUCUCUGUCAGCUUGGCCACACUGAGGGAGUGUACCAUCGAGCGAGGGGAAGGGGAGGCAGCAUCCUCUUCUUCUUAUGCUCACUCUGUCAUCUCAGCCAUCCCUUCACAGGAAAUACAGAUGAUGAUCCAGGAAGUCAAAGCCCUGGACCAAGAGACACUGAAGCAACUGGUGGACAUCCAUGUCGUGAUUCUCCAUAAAGAGGAGGGAGCGGGGCUGGGCUUCAGCAUCGCUGGAGGGAGUGACUUGGAGAGCAAAGCUCUUACAGUCCACAGAGUGUUUCCCAGUGGCCUGGCAGCUCAGGAGGGGACCAUCCAGAAAGGAGAUGAGGUGUUGUCUAUAAACGGACAAACACUGCGUGGGUUCACACACACCGAUGCCACUGCUGCCCUGCGUCAAGCCCGCGGCCUGAAGCUGGCUGUGGUGGUCGUCUGCAAGAGAGCUGAGGAGGAGGGAAGAGAGGCAGCAAGCUGUAGGAGCGAAGAGCCGAGCCCUGCAGUGCUGGAGCCGGGGGUCCCAGUGAACGUAGAGCUAGUGAAAGGUCCUGGGGGGGUUGGCUUUACGUUGGAGGGGGGAAAAGGCUCAAUCCAUGGAGACAGACCUCUCACCAUCAACAGGAUCUUUACAGGCGGAGCAGCAGAGCAGAUUGGUCUUCAGUAUGGAGAUGAGCUGCUGCAGGUCCAGGGAGUCAGUCUGACUGACAUGACUCGAUUUGAGGCCUGGAACAUGAUCAAGGCUUUACCUGAAGGACCUGUUACAUUGGUGAUCAGGAGGAGGCAGGGGGGUGUGGAGUGACAGACACAGCUGCUUGGAGCUGCUCGCUCAUGAAGAACCCAAAAAGAAACUUGAGGAACACAGAUGUUAGACUUUCAUUAACCAUCUCAUAGAAAACAUUACUCAGCCAGUCAUUGUGGUCCACCUUUAACAUGGUGAUGCAGAAGACACCUUCUGGCCAAAACCCCACAUUUUCUUUCAGUUGCCCUGACUGGUAACUAGCCAUGCAGAUAGUUUUAUGUCACAGUAACUGUUAAUAACCUACAUACUUCAUGAUCAAUAUUUUUUACCUUCAGAAGACAAUAGCGAAAUGAGACCUGAGUUGUUGAAUACGGGGCCUGGCCAGUGUUGUGGAGAAAACAAUAAAAUAAAAUUCUGUGUGCACAAAUAAAACCAUCAUGCUAUUAAAUUAAAUUGUUCUUUUUGAUUGAAGUAUGUCAGAGAUGACACACUUGUGUUCAGCUAAAACGCUGUGCAUCCAUCUAUCUCUAAAAUGAACACAUUUAGUGACUCGUUUAGAUCAUAUUGACUGUUUUGACAGCUGGCUUGCUUGCUUGUAUCAACCUACAUAGUGAUGUAUGUGCAAGCCAAUUGAUGGCAGUUCAAACAUGUAAUGUGGCAUUGCAUCUAUCCAAAAAAAAAAGUAUUGAUGGGAAUAAUGUAAAAACUGUGGCAACCAAUGUUAUUACGAAGGAAUGAAUUUAGAGUUUGGAUUCAGCUCAAUAUGACAGCUGUUAUCCUCUUGCUAUCAGUCCUCAGCGUGCUCCUCAGGAACUGAAUGGAGUACAUAAAACUAAAACUUCAGCUCCUACUGUUUCAGUAACUGAAAUGUAAUCAGCAGAUUCAACUGGACAGCAGCUUAGUUUUAUUUUGAAUUUAGAUGCAGCUAGGUAGAGAUACUUCUUUCUAAUAAAUAUUGUAUUGUGUUUUACAUCCCUGGCACAGAAUGUUCAAAUAAGACCAAUGUUUAAUGCUAUGCUCUGCUAAUUCAUGCACACUAACUGAGUCAUUUGAGAGCAUAAAAUGCUAAUUUGUAUGCAUCAAUCACUGACUCAGUAGCAAGGCUGUGCAAACAAAUUAUUGUUCUUUUUCUCCAUGACACCUCCACAAUAGAUUACUUCUAUGGUGUCAUUGGAAGUCCAUGUUCAUGAACUCUGGAAUGAUCCAAUGUGAUGCAAAACAAGCACUUUUAUCCCCUCUACUAUCACAACCAGUCAGGCCAUGUGAGCCAUUUUUUACAUAAUGAAUGACUGGUUUUAGUCGUGAGUGGCAAGUGACACAAUAGUAGAACCACCUAUACAUGAUACAAUAAAACAUCCCGCAACACAUUUGUGGGGCUGCUGUACUUGA